AUGUAUUUGAGUAGCCAAAUCUUUCGUUAUCAAGUCACUCAAGAUGUGACAGUCAAAGCAUCGGCAUGGACACAUUUUCAAGCAUUAGAAUUACUCAAUAAAGUCACAGGUAUACCAGGUUAUCCUGCUCGUUCAUUUGAAGAACAUACUGAUUUUACUCCUUAUCCUGAUUGGCAUCCAUCUCCUUAUAAUUCAACUCUUCGAUAUCAAAGCGAUACAUCAUCCGACGAAAUCGAUGGGCAUGAGUUUAUUUAUCCAUUAGUAUAUGAUUUAUUAGCUACCAAUGAUGAUGAACGUUAUCGAGCUUACAUUCUGCUCUUUAAUAUUACCAAUAAUAUCUUGACUCAUGAUUGGUAUUUAGUAGGUGAAACAGCAAAUCAUACAUCAUGGGGUAUCUGGAAUCCAAAAGAUGUCAAUGAUGAUUUUGAUUUUCAAGACGACCGAGGUCUUAACAGUCUCGAAAUCUUAGCUUUCCUACUUCAAACUUAUGCUCACAGUGGAAAUGAACGUUUUCUUGUUGGCGCCAAACUUCUGAUCGAAUCCUAUUCAUACGAUGUUAAUAUUAUUAAUCAGAAAAUGCUGGCUGUUUGUGAUAAUAAUUUUUCCGAUGAUGAACUCGCCUAUCUCUCUUAUUUCAAUCUGGUCUCAGCUGCUCAGAAAAUUUUCUCGAAUGAUUAUUUAUCUCCUAGACAAAAAGCAAACGCGCAGGUAAUCAUCGAUAACAUAUUGGAAUACAUGAAGAUUGGUCUGGAUCUUUCACAUAAGUACAAACAAAUGGAAAAGUCACCAUUUUAUAAUUUUAUCUAUUGUUAUGCCAGUGGUCAAGUAAAUGCUACUCAACAUUUGUUUAAAGAAUCGAAUAUAUCACCUUUUGGUUUUGAUUGUACAACUUUAUUAGAUGAUAGUAUAUGGUAUAUGCAGCGUUGGCCGUUGGAGUUAGUUGAUUGGCCACAGUUCAAUAGUGAUCGUCUCGACGUUGAAAUCAAUACACCUGCUAAUUGUAACGGUGGACGUCAUUCAUUGACAAUGUUACCACCUGAUGAACGAGCUGUUCAUUUAUGGAACGGGAAUGUGUACUUGUUGGACAACGGAAAUGGAACUGUGGAGAUGGAUCCAACCUCUUUCCUCAUCAGUUAUUGGGGAAUGCGUUACUUUGAUCUUUUAGCAUAA